CACAUUUUACUUCUCUUGAAAUUUGCACAAAACGCGAAUUGCUCGGUGUUUUUUUUAUAGUUUUAAUUAAGUGAAAAUAAAGUUAUUUAUAUUUAGAAAUAUUAAAUAUAAACAUAAUAAUAAUGUGGCAAAUAGUUAAUUAUAAAUAAAAAGAAAACAAAUGUUUAGAAAAAGGAAAAAAUAUAAAACUUCUUGAAAAAAAAACAUCAAAUACACACACCCAACAGCAGUGGAACAACAAAACCAACGCGACAAUUAAUUUACAAAAAAACAUACAGGAAAAAAAGUAAAAGUAAAAAAACUGAAUACGUUUAACACUUGGUGAAUAAUUAAUUCCUGCGUAAGAGAAAAAGGAAGAAAAUAGAAAAACAUACAACAAAAGAGAAAGAAAAAAAGUGUAAGCAAAAAAACAUGAAUUUAAAAGGGAGUACCCAGUUAAGGUUACUCCUACAUCUUAUAACCUUCCUGGUUUGCUAUCAACAGUACAGGGUCGCUGCCACUCAUCUCAAGGGUUCUUUUGAUACUCAAGAUUUUUUUAAAUUUAUUGUUAAAUUCGGUUUUCAAAAGGCUGAACUGCAUCGACCACAAGAUUCGUUUGGUUACAUCUAUGGCAAUGUCACUUCUCAGCAAGAAUUUCAUCAGCCAGUUACAUUGGUGGUCUUGGAUAAAUCAACAUUUGUGGAUUUCUACAACAAUCGUAGUUUGAGUAUUUAUGCCCGUGAAUUGGCCUGUCAACAUAUGUUCCAACAUGUCCAACUUUUGGCCUAUGAUGUAGACUGCAAUCCUCAUGGCAAGCGGGACUUUCUAAGGCGCAUACCCUGUCCCCAGGGCAAAUUAUGUGUGGAUGAGGAUGCUCCCAACAAUGUUAUAGCUGGCAAUCAAUUUACCUACGUUAUCAGUGAGGUAUCCCAGCCAAGAUUCUGGUACGUUGCCAUGGUGGCUUGUUAUCGCAAUCGCACCACAUGUAAAUGGCAUGCUUAUGAUACUCUAACAGCGCCUGCCUCAUUUCUAAAUAACAGCAUUUCCGAAAUACACUACGAUAUACACGUAGUGAAUGGACAUCCAAAUAAUUCAGCUGCUCAUCCGUUAACCUAUGAAUUCUCAUUUGAUCGUCAAAAUCUUUUAGAAAUGUAUUUAAUAUUUUUCUUAGUCUAUAUGAUACUCCUGCCAAUGCAAAUCUAUGCUGUACGUUUACAAAAGCAUCCUGUUACCAAAUUAUUUACGCUGAGUCUGUUAAGCGAGUUCGUGAGCUUAGCAUUGAUAUCAGCGCAUUUGAUAAAGUUUGCCAUGAAUGGUAAAGGUUUGCCAAAUGUACAAACAUCGGGUGACAUAUUAGAUAUAUUUAGUAGGACUACUUUUAUGUUAAUUUUACUAUUGUUGGCCAAAGGCUGGGCUGUGACUCGUCAACAAAUUAGCCGCACCGGCUGGAUUAUUUUAAUGAGUAUCUGGGUACCCUAUUGUGCUUUUCAUGUGUUCCUUUACUACUGGGAUAGAACCGAGGUGGAUAUUAUAUCCGAUGUUGAUGAAUAUCAAACCUGGCCGGGAUGGAUUGUUUUAAUAUUGCGCACCACUUUUAUGUUGUGGUUUUUGUAUGAACUGCGCAACACUAUGAAAUAUGAGCAUUCGACUAAGAAAUUAGAUUUUCUUUUACAUUUAGGAGCUUCAAGUCUUGUUUGGUUUAUUUAUUUACCCAUUGUGGCUAUAGUGGCUUUACAGGUUAGUCCCAUGUGGCGUUAUAAGCUAUUACUGGGUAUUACAAAUUCAGCUGAUUGUUUGGCCUAUUGUGUUAUGACCGGUUUAUUGUGGCCAAAUCGUUCUGGACAAUAUCUACUUUUAACUGGUACAAAAUAUGCAGGCAUGGAUGAAUUAGAUGAAUUCAAUGAAGCACCACACAUAGUUCGAGAACGUGAACGACGCCAAAAUUCUAUAGAUAACAAUAUUAUUGUUGUAACAAAUUCUAAUACUACAACCAGACCUAUUAUACCUAAUGGUGAUGCCUGUACUGAUUUGCUCGAAGCAGAAGAUUUAGAUGCAGAACUUUUAACAGAUCUAAAUAAAAAUAGUCAUAUUGUGGCAUAAAAGAAAACUAUUUGCAAAAGGAGAUGAAAAAAGACAUCCUAUAGUCACAAUA